AGUCAUUUUCUAACUUCGGAAUAGUGAAGAAGUAGUUUCUUCGCUAAUUUUUUUAAUUUUAUUAUUAUUUUUGUGUUGCAUUCACCAGAUUAAAAACAAUUAAUUUAUCUGCUUAAACAUUAACAAAAUUAAACUAUUAAUUGUUGAAUCCUUAGUCUAAGUGAUUUGUUGUUGAGAAAUUCAAUUAUUUUUCUAUAAUAUAAAAAAGAAAUCAACAAAAGAAAGAAAAAAAUAAUUGCGAGAGCGAAAAAAUAAAAUUUUCAUUAUUUUUUGAUGAGAAAAGUCGCAAGGAAGAACGUGAAAAGUGUUUUUCGAAGCUUGUUUUGAUCAUUAAUGCUUACAAAGGAUUUAAAUAGUGCUUUAAUCAAACAUAACACGAGUGAAUGCAGCUCACGAACUCUCACGAUAUAUUAAUCAACUCACUAAUCAAUUAACAAGAAGAAAACUUUCGGAUUAACAAAGUUACGAGAAGAAUUUCGCGUAGUGCUUUUGUCGCCGCAUCGUAAAAGGAAGAUCAAGCAAAUGACCAAAGCGAAGAAAUUCUCAAAGCGAGUACAAAUUCCAACAAUUGAAGAUGAAAUACGGUUGGCAAUAGAAUGUGAAAUGUGUCUCCACCAGCAUCUUGAAUGAGUUCAAUCAAACGGAAAUAUUGAAGACAACAAGAAAAGAAAAGAAAAGAAAAUUACAAAAAAAGAAAAAAGAUUAAAUCGCCAUUCGAGAAGCUUUUGCAGAAGAAUGACGAUGGCCGAUCAUCAUAACACAAAUGGACCGUCAAUGCCGUGUCAGAUGAGUCCAUCAAACGAAAUGGAGCAAUCGGAUGCAUCAUGUAACAGAAGUGAUCCCAAAAAAAGGAAAAGAAAAAGACUGUUAGCAGUUUUGGAUAAGCUGCAUCAUAACAAUACUAACAGUAAUAACAAUAACAACAACAUCUUAGUCAAUAAUAAUAUUAUAGCAACGACAACGAAUGAUGAUGAUAAUGUUGAUGAUGAUGAUAAUCAGGGAGAUGAUAAGACAAUAAACAUCAACAACAACAUGCAUUUAGCAAGAUCGAUGCAAGAAAAUGCUGAAAUCUUAAGAAAUUUAUUUGCAUUAAGUCGAAGUCUCCCAACAACACAUCCCGCCUUUCCUUCGCCAUUUGCAGCACUUUCAUCGCCAAGUUAUGAACAUAACAACAAUAAUAAAAAUAUUAAUAAUAAUAUUAACUUCAUUGCACCUUCACCGGAUAAAAUGUUACUUAAUGGCAGAGUGAAGAUGGAAGUGAAAGAAGAAGUGAUGGAUGAAGAAGAGACGACAGCGACCGUGCAAGACACGAAGACACCGUUACAUGAAUUUCUUCAUCAUCAACUACCAAAGACAACUUUCAAUAAUCAAUCGUUGUCGUUAAGACAUCAUCAUCAACAACAACAACAAUCGUCAUUAUUUUAUCAGCACACAAAUGGAUUCUUUCCAAAUCAAAUUCAAGAUGCACCACUCGAUCUCUCAAUGAAAACAUUUAAGCGACGACAAAGUUCGAGUAGUACGAGUAGCUCGCCAUGUUUAACAAAGCAACUUCUUAUGCAACAAACAGAACAGAAGCUUAAUGCAGUGUUACAUCCGUUGGGAAUUCAAGUGCCGAAAGAUUGUAGUAUCAGCAUUCAAACAACGCCGAACAGUGCAUCAUCGUCACCACAUCAGCUACCUCAGUAUUAUCAGGAUUUGAAAGUAUCUCCGAUUGUGGAAGAAAUUGCACCGGGUUCGAAUAAUGUCGCUUACGUAUGUCCAAUUUGUGGUCAAAUGUUCUCUCUUAACGAUCGAUUAGCCAAGCAUAUUGCAUCACGUCACAAAACAAAAAGUCCAGCAUCGGAAACGACUAAAAGUUACGUAUGCGAGGUUUGUGACCGAUCAUUUGCGAGAUCUGAUAUGCUUACGAGACAUGUUCGACUUCAUACUGGUGUUAAACCUUACACUUGUCUUACUUGUGGUCAAGUCUUUUCAAGAUCCGAUCAUUUAUCAACACAUCAAAGGACUCACACUGGUGAGAAACCGUAUCGAUGUCCACAAUGCAACUAUGCAGCUUGUCGUCGUGAUAUGAUCACCAGACAUAUGCGAACACACGCACGUUACGAACAAAAUGGUCAACCACCGAGAAAAGGAACGAAAAUUAAAACUGAAAAGAUUAAAAUGGAAAAUAAAGUUGAUGAGCCAACAAAACUAACAGUAAAUAACAUAAACAACAACAACGAUCUGUCGAUGUUCAAUCAAAAUAGUUUGGAGAAUCUCAAUGAGCUCAGAAUGAAGAUACAGGAAAAUUUAUUAGCUGGCAAUGGUGCACUUAUGCCAAACGAUAUUUCAAAUCUCAAACGUGAGAUAAAAAUUGAAUUUUAAAAUGCUGGGAAAUCUGAUGAUGAAUGAAACUCAUUUAAGAUGACGCUUAAUUAUCAAAUGGGGAACAGUUUAUCAAAUUUGUGUUUUUUUCUUUUGUAAAUUUAUUCGAAUUUCAUCGAAGAUCGAACUUUCCUCAACCUUCGACAAUGUUAAGUUUCUAUAAUAAGUAAAUUGAGUUUCACUUGAAAAUUUUUAUUCUCUAAAUUGAUAUUAUUGAUGAAUUUCCUUUUUUUUCUCUGUUUUUGGUGCGUGAUUUUUUACUGUUGAUUUUUUUUAAUUUUACAAUUUUCAUUUGUUGUUUGACAAAAUCAUCUUCAAAUUCGUACUAAUUCAAUCAUUUGUGUUGAAGCAUAUAAGAAGACAAACUAAGAAUUGGUUGUGACAAAACAAAAAAAAAACAAUCAUAAAGUGAAUUGUUGAAUGAAAAGGAAAGAAGGAAAAGUUUUUCCAUAGCCCGUUGAAUUAAAUGAUGAAAAAAGCUUUGAAAUGGAAUGAAAUGAUCCAGUGCCUUACACAUUUUAAAUUCAAUAGAUGAGCAUCCCUUAAGUGGGAUAAAAAGAAUUCAAACUUUAUUGCUGCCUUGUCACUCGCCUCUUGAACAAGUGAGACAUUCGUUCCCUUGGAGAAUUUUGUCUCACAUUAAAAUCUUUACACACAAAAGUAAAAAAAAAUGUUACAAAAAUUUGAACACUAGAAAUUAAUUGAUUGACACAAAUUUUAAAACUUUUUCUUCCCUUUUUCUCGUCUCUUUCUUGUCUCAAGCUCUGAUUGAUGAAAUUCCAUUUUCUAAUCUCUUUACACAAAACAUAUUUUGACAAAAAAAAAACUUUUCAACUAAAUCUACUUAAGUGCCAAAUGAAAAAGAAGCU